GAUUGUAAAAAUACAUGUAGCACUGAACGUGGUAGGCAUAGCAGGAACAUUCAGCUGAUGGCUUGGGUGCAUACACACUGUAAUCUGAACUUUUAUAGUUUGAAUCAUCAUCAGUUAAAGCAUCAGUUUCAGAGCAUUGGGGGUCAGUGAAAUUCAGGGAAUUAUUAUGUUGCAAUGGGUCUGUUCCCAUCACUUCUCCAAGAAAGGAUGAGACAAGUCUGGAUAAGGUUGGAGGAGUGCUGAAAUCUGCUGCUGCAGAACCAUUUCAGGGGAGAUACCAGCUGCCAGUGUGGAACUUAAUCAAGCAGUCUUAGUGUGCUGAUGGUGAAUCACAUAGGACAUACUGAAAAAUGCACUGUGAACUUUGAAUAUAAAUGAUAAUAAUAUACAAAUAUGAAACCAUGAAAAUGCCUAGCAUGAAACCUACCUGUGCUAAUUUAUACCAAUAUUUUGCUUCUGUUAGGGGACAACUUUGUACCCAUUUGUUGAAAGUUGAGAAGCAUAUGAAUGAACCAUGUCACUAAUGUAUAUCACAGCAUCCUGCAAACUCCUCCAAAAAGUCAUCUUUCACUUCAAAGGCAUUUCAAGUAAUGAGCAUUGAGAAGCUUGGAAGAGUGUGAGAAACCACAGGAAUGAUCAGAUUAGUUUGAAAGAUCAUUGAGGAACUUGGAGAUGGUUUGAGGAAUUACAGGAAUGAUAACAUUAGGUUGAAAGAGCUUUAGGAAGCUUAGAACCUCAGGGCUGCUCAACAUGAAAACAAAGAAGGCCAAGAAAAUGAAGAGGUCCAAGACACGGGUGGACCUGAGUGAGGAGGAUGAGUUGAACCUGGAGAAGAAGCUGCACACCAUGGGCCACUAUAUGUCAGACAAGGCUGAAAUGCUGGAACAGAUGUUUUCCAUCAUCAGGGGUGAAAAACUUAAGGCCAUGCUGCCACCUUUGCUGAAGGAGCUGCCUCUGUCAGAGCUGAAGAGCUUGUGCCUGGUAGAGCUGGUCAAGAUGUCGUCGGAGCAGGUGCGCACAGUGCUGGCUGGCCAGCCCUGCCCCCCUGAUCAGGAGGACAACUCGGCCGACUCAGCUGAUUCCGACGUGGUCGCCGAGGAGCAGCCAGAUUCGACCUCGAUCGAGCCCGCCGCGGCAGCGCCGGCCGGCGGCGCACAACAGGAGCAACAGCAGCAGCCCCCGGCCGCCCCUGCAGCUGAUGGCAAAGGUGGCGAGGAGACGGACCUGACGCUGAUGGAGCUGCUUGAACUGGAGAUGCGAGCGCGCGCAAUUAAGGCCCUGCUGGAGCGCGACGAGGAGCCGUCCGAGCCGCCGCCGCCGCCGUCCGAGCCCCCUCCUCCACCGUCGCCGCCACCACCACCGCAAGCCGCCGCCGUCGCUGCGCCGGCCGCGAACGCAGCGGCCGAUCGGCAGACUGUCGCAGACACCCCGCCGGGUGACGCGGUGUCAGUCCAGCCGGCUUGGGUGCCGCCGGCAGCCCGGUCCCGCUCGGCCUCACCCGCCCCGCGUAACUCGCCGCCACCGCGCUCACCGCCGCCGCCGCGUUCGCCGCCGCCGCCGCCGCUGCUGCGCUCCUACCGCACGCGGAAACGAUCACUCGAGUACGACGAGGCGAGCGAGCCGGAGCAGCAGGCUGAGGAGCGCCGCUGGCAAGAGUACAACGACGACGUGGGCGUCGAGCUCGACUUCGCGACCGAUGACAGGAGGCUUGACGGCGCGCCGGCGCCGCAGCGGGGCGACGGUGAUGCCGAGGACAGCGCCGCCGGUCAAGUGGGCGAUGCAGCGGGAGGGGCCAAGGCGGCCGCCUGCAGCGAGGCGCCGCCCGGCCCGAGCGUUUCCGCGGGCCCGACGGCAGCCUCCGGGCCGGACGCGUCGGCGCAGCAGGGGAUCGGCUACUGGCGCGAGCUGGCCGCCGAGGCGCAGCACCGCUACCUUGCGGAGGAGGCGGAGACGGCGCGGCUGACACGUCAGGAGCAGAGCCGCCUGCAGGAGCUGGAAGCGCGCCUGGAGCAGCAGGAUGACGCGCUGGAGCAGGGCAUGGCUGGCCACACAUGGGCUGUGCGCUGGCUGCAGAGUGACAAGGUGCAGAGCGUUGUCAACACCAGCAAGGUGUACAGCCGCGUCAAGCAGAAGCUCAAGUCACUGAAGCGCACCGGCGAACCGUCGCCUCGGCCCGAGGAGCCGCGCGUCAAGGAGCUGCCCCAGGUGAUCGGCAGCAUCGAGGAGUAUGAGAAGCUCUUCGGCAAGAAGGUGGUGGUCAGCGGGCCGCCGCCGGAGCCGGAGCCGGAGCCGGAGCCGGCAUUGAGGCCGGAGCCGAGCGGCGGCGCUGGGGCUGAAGCUCGGGAGGCGGCCAAGCCGUCCGUCCAGGAGGCCGCCGCCUCAAGCGACGACGAGGAUGCCAUCUGGGGCGAUAUUCUGGGGCAGGACUAGGGCGGCUCGCCGGUGGCCGGCUGCGGCUCAGAGGCGAGUGUUGAUGCGUUUGAGUGGAACCAGAAUACGUCUCGUUUUCGUCAGAGAAGCGGAGCGGUCGAGGGAUGUUCGUUCAGACGUGGCUCGUCCGCUGUGGCGUUUGCGCCGGCCAGUGUUGCUAGCGUAGCAGGCCAGAAUUCCGCCUACUUCGACGGAGAAACGUGCGAAUCGUUCACCAUCUCCAUUUUACCUGCAAAUACAGGGAUUGUGUAUAUUAAAGUGCACUGGUGUGCAAACGGUGGUGCGAUAUGAUUGUCAGCAUCCUUUCCAGACGGAUCUAAACUGGAUGAAAUGGGUUUCAAUUUUGUGCUAAUAACGUAAGCUGUUCAGUGUUCAGUUGAGACUUCUGCUAUUGUGUCGAGAAAGGCAUGUGGCCGAAAUAUCAACUUAACUAUAUCUAAAUUCUCCUGCGUUUUCCGAGCAAUAAGGCUAAUACUUCUGUCUUAUCUUGGUGCCAAUCAGCAUGACGAGCUUGCGGUUGUAGCAACUCGCAUCAAUUCGCGGACCAGAGCUCUUAUUGCAGCCAAGCGAUGCAUCGGUGCCUGUUUUCAGUGCCAUAUAUCCAAAUUUUGUGCCGACUAUUUCAAGGUUGCCCGGACAUCCGCGACGUCAUGGUGUCGUCAUUCAAAUCCUGUAACUCUGCUGGCCAUGCGGCGUUUAAGGCGAAGCAUGUAAUUGUCAGUUCAUUCAUAUCCGGCGUUCGCGAGCACGAUUUCCAGAUAUAGCGGCCGCCAAUUGGCUCCCAACCGAUGUGCAAACUUUGCAAGAUGGUAUCACGAAUUAAUUUUGUGCUGGGUAGUACCAGAAAUUGUGCAUGCAUCCUAGUUUUGCCGAAAUAGGACCCUACUCGACUAGCUCAAGAACAGCCCUAUAACCGGGUGCAUCAAUACAAGAAAGCACUUGAGUGUCCCAUCUUUGGGACGUAUUUCAAAAACG